UCUCUUACUGGCAGGAUGGCAGCUCCUCUCUCCGUAGGCAGACAUGAGCCUCUCCCAGGGCCCGUGCAUUACACCCAACAGAGGGUCAAGGAGCGUGGCCAGUGGGAUAGUAAAAUGGAGUUCAUUCUAACUGUGGCUGGUGCUAUUAUUGGACUUGGAAAUAUAUGGAGGUUUCCAUAUCUUUGUUACAAGAAUGGUGGGGGUGCCUUCUUCAUCCCAUAUAUCCUGUACCUGGUGACCUGUGGCAUCCCUCUGUUCAUCUUGGAGACGGCUCUUGGACAGUACACCAGCCAGGGGGGCAUCACCUGCUGGCGGAAGAUCUGCCCGCUGUUUGAAGGAUUGGGCUACGCCGCCCAGGUGAUCACUAUAUAUGGAUGUAUGACCUACAUUGUGAUCCUGGCCUGGGCUUUCCACUACCUGUUUUCAUCCUUCUCUGUUGACCUGCCAUGGGCCAACUGUAAUCAUGACUGGAACACAGAUGCUUGUGUCAUAUUUGGUACCAAUAAUGUAACCAGCAAUUGGACUGUUCCCCUCCUGAAUACGUCAUCUUCAGUUGUAGUGUCACAGUUUUGGCAGCGGCGAGUGCUGCGGAUAUCGGAUGGAAUAGAAUCACUUGGAGGGAUUAGAUGGGAGCUGGCUCUGUGCCUUCUGCUGUCCUGGGCCAUCUGCUACUUCUGUAUCUGGAAAGGAGUGAGGUCUACAGGAAAGGCAGCGUGCUUCACGGCAACCUUCCCCUAUGUCAUGCUACUGGUGCUAUUCGUCCGAGGAGUGACCCUACCUGGAGCUAUAGAUGGCAUGUUCUACUACAUGUAUCCCAAUGCUACAAGGCUUGCUGAUCCACAGGUUUGGAUGGAUGCAGGAACCCAGGUUUUUUUUUCUUACGCCAUAUGCCUGGGAUACCUGACUUCUCUUGGAAGCUACAACAAAUACAACAACGACUGUUACAAAGACUCCUUCUACCUGUGCUUGUUGAACAGUGGGACCAGCUUCCUGUCUGGUUUUGCUAUUUUUUCCAUCCUGGGUUAUAUGGCUGGAGAACAGGGUGUGGACAUCUCUAUGGUAGCUGAGUCAGGUCCUGGCCUGGUGUUCAUAGUGUACCCGCAGGCAGUGUCCCUGCUCCCUUGUCCUCAGUUCUGGGCCGUGUGUUUCUUCACCAUGAUCAUCCUGUUAGGAUUGGACAGCCAGUUUGUCGGCCUUGAGAGCCUUAUGACCUCGGUAACGGAUGUCUACCCCAACGUCCUCAGAAAGGGCCAACGGAGGGAGUUACUGCUGCUGCUCAUCUGCUGCUGCUGCUUCCUGGUCGGGCUCAUCAUGGUCACAGAGGGAGUCCUCUACAUCAUACAGCUGUUUGAUCAUUAUGUAUGCAGUGGUGCCACUCUGCUACUCCUCUCCAUAGGCCAGUCUUUCAGUAUUGGAUAUAUGAACCCCAUAUAUGUCUCUGUCCAAGGUGCUGAACGUUUCUGUGACAACAUUGAGGAUAUGAUUGGCUACAGGCCCUCCUCUCUGGUGAAGUACUGUUGGCUAUACAUCACCCCUACUAUGUGCACAGGAACCUUUGUGUUCUCGCUGCUGAAGUACAGCCCUCUGAAGUUCAACAACACCUAUGUGUACCCGUGGUGGGCCUACGGGCUGGGCUGGUUCCUGGCUAUGUCCUCCCUCUCUCUCAUUCCCAUCACCAUGGUCUACAAACUGUACCGAGGACAAGGGACAUUCUGGCAACGCCUCCAGGCGAUCUGUCGGCCAGCAGAUGACCUUCCCAGGAUCAGGGUUGGGGUGUAA